AUGUCUACAUUUACUCUCCCUAACAGCAAUCCACAGAUUGCAGUUCAUCUGACCUCAGACCUCUCGCAGGAGCAGCUGCUUUCAUUUCCAGCUUUCAAGACAUGGAUUUCUACACUGCAGCAUUCCCUUUCCACGCAGCAGAACAAGUCUCACACCUUCCACUCUGCUCCGUACAAGCUCCGCACCAUCGAAAUCCAGUCUGUGGACUUCUUUGGAGGUAAACGCAUCGGCUUUGUCAAGUUGAAAGCAGAAGUAUCAAACGACAAGGGUGAGAAGCUACCCGGUUCCGUCUUCUUACGAGGCGGCAGCGUCGGCAUGUUUCUAAUCCUACAACCUGAUGACGUCCCCUUCAAGUCGGAAGAUGAGAAACAUGUGAUCCUCACCAUGCAACCGCGUAUCCCUGCCGGCUCGCUAUCCCUUGCCGAACUCCCGGCUGGAAUGCUCGACGAUGCUGGUACAUUCGCCGGUGGGGCCGCCAAAGAGAUUGAAGAAGAGACGGGAUUGGAGGUUCCAGCAAAUGAGCUCACAAACAUGACCGAACUCGCCUUGUCCAGUGCCACAUCUGAUGAUGAGGAAAAUUUACAGCAGGGCGUUUAUCCGUCGCCAGGGGGUUGUGAUGAAUUUGUGCCGAUUUUCUUGUGGCAAAAACGAAUACCAAGAGAACAAAUGAAUGGGUGGCAGGGAAAGCUAACGGGCCUAAGAGAUCAUGGGGAGAAGAUUACCUUAAUGCUUUGUCCGUUGGAGAAAGUGUGGAGGCAUGGGGGAAGGGACGCGAAGGUUUUGGCUGCGUGGGCGCUCUAUGAGGGACUGAGGGAGGAGGGGAAGCUGUGA